AUGGAAGACGAUGAUCAUAAUCACAUUGAUCUUGAAAUUGAGAUUGUACUUGCAAGAUUGAAUAAUCACAUUCAAGACUUAGAUGAAAACAUCAAUCUGGAAAGAAUCAAUAUGGCCAAGUUGUUCAAGAAACAAUUAGAACCGCUGAAGGGGUUAUGGAUUCAGCUUCACUCUUAUACCGCGAGAAAGAGUCUUUGUCGAUUAGUACGAGAAAAGAUUUAUGCAGCGGACGAAUGGCUGAAUCAGAGUAUCACGGUUUCUGAAUUGGAGGAUCUAGAUGCACAUCUGGGUCGUUUGAUGGAAAACAAAGAUGCAAGAUUCAAUGAGCAACAAAUCUUUGUUGCCAGCCAACUCAAGGAACUAGUUGUAAAACUGAAGGGGAGGCUCGGGGAUUUUAAGCAAGUAAGACAUGAAAUGGCUCUUUACAUAAAGUACUGGCUGGAGAUGACCCAUACUGCGGAAAUCAUCAAGAAAAGCUCUUCAUCAAUGCCUGGCGAAGAUGACAAUCACAUUUAUCUUGAAUAUGAAAUUUUAGUUUCAAAACUGGAGCGUUACAUUUUAGACCUGGAUAAAUAUGUCAAUUUGGAAGAUGCCAUUAUUGCCAGGACAUUCCAGAAAGAAAUCCGAUUGCUGAAAUUUCAUAGAGGGACCAUUCCACCUGCUCAAAGAGGUGAUAUUGAGAAAGAGACCAGAAAAAUAAUUGACUAUGUGAAGCAGUGGCUGAAAAAGAAGAUUGACAGUCGAAAUACAAAAGAAAUAGGAGAUGGGAGGAAAGGGGAAGGCAUGAGCAGCUCAAAGAGUUUGACGACGAGGAAAAUCAUCUAUGUGCUUGUUGUAGAUAAAGAUUAUAAGUAUUUGAUAGUUCACUGGUUACAAUUUAUCUUGUUUGGAAAGAUCAUGAAUUAUGACAUGGAAGUUAGUGGCUCCACAUAUGGAAAUUUAGCAGUGGAUCGUAUAAGCAAAGGAGCUUCUUUUGAUCUCAUUAUUAUGGACUUGCACAGGUCCACAAAUGGGGUUGAGGUAUUGUCCCUUCACAUUGAUACUCUGGAGUCUGGAGCGACAAAGGCGCUACGAGCCAUGGGUGUGAAAAGCAGAAUUAUUGGCGUCACCUCUUCUAUUUCUGAACAGCUUCAGCAACAAGCUUUGGAAGCAGGUCUAGAUGGCUGCUUUGAAAAGACAUUGAAGGCUGAUAUGGGUGUCAAGAGUCAGAUCGAAGGUGUCACUUCUCAGUCUGACCAACAAGCUUUCAUCGAUGCUGGACUAGACAACUACAUUCAAAAGCCAUGA